UCCUCCCUAGCAAAGCAAGAUGGCGGCCGUCGUAGAAAGAGUUGAUGGAUGUGUUGGGUCCUUGGAGUCUGACACGGUGUCACCGAGACAGCCCAGCCCUCCUCCGGACCAGCCGCACCAGAACAACCCGCUGUUAGGACUGCCCAUUGUGGCCAUCGAGACUAUUCUCAAUUUUCUGUCUUACGAUGAAAUCAGCCUGCUGCGCUCGGUGUGUAAACGCAUGGACAUGAUCUGCCAGCGUGUCUUAAAUCAGGGCUUCCUGAAGGUGGAACGUUACCACAGUCUGUGCCAGAGGCAAGUCAAAGCCCAGCUGCCCAGGCGAGAGUCAGAGAGGAGAAACCAUUCACUGGCCCGUCACGCUGACAUCCUGGCUGCUGUAGAGACACGCCUUUCUCUGCUCAACAUGACCUUCAUGAAAUACGUCGACUCCAACCUCUGCUGCUUCAUCCCUGGAAAGGUGAUAGAUGAGAUUUAUCGCGUGCUACGCUAUGUGAACUCCACUAGAGCCCCCCAGCGAGCUCAUGAGGUGCUGCAGGAGUUGAGGGAUAUCUCCUCCAUGGCCAUGGAGUACUUUGAUGAGAAGAUUGUACCCAUCCUGAAGAAGAAGCUCCCGGGAGCCGACCUGUCCGGCCGCCUCAUUGGCUCUACACCAGUGGCAGGUCCAUCUACCUCCCUGACCACCAUGUCCCUCCUGGCCAAGAACACACCAUCCCGCUCUGAGAUGACCAAGGUGCAGCAGCAGGUGAAGGUGAACGGGGCGUCAAUGACAGUACUGCGAAGGGAGAUGCAGGAAAUUCGUGUCAAGCAGUUGGAGCAGCAGAAGCAGCUGCAGGAUCAGGAACAGAAGCUGCUGGAACAGACCCAAGUGAUCGGUGAGCAGAAUGCCCGCCUUGCUGAGCUUGAACACAAGCUCCGCGAACUAAUGGACAGUAGUGCUGCUGCCAUGGGAGGACCCAGGCCCGGCACAGCUGUCCCCUCUACAUCUAGCAGCGCUGCUGUGUCUUCCACUGUAGCUAGCACGUCUGGUACUGUGUUGGCAAGUGGCAGCUUGGCCGCAGCCUCUCUUACCAGAGAGCCAGAGGGUGAGGGAGGGUCAUCACUCAAACGCACCAAAAAGAGCUCAGACCUUCCACGACAGUCCAAACGGCUCCGCAGCAAGAAAUAAGAGAGACUGUGUGUCAUGUAGUUGAAGUUUUGUUUUUGGUUUCGAGGUCUGACUGAUCACACCUUCUCCCCAAUGCCCCGCAGCACCACCCACCCCACCAAGACUCCUCAUCUUUACCCCACCCAUCCCCCCCAUCUUAACAUAGCCAGCUGCUCAGACCAUUUCUUGAAGGUUACAUUAAAAUGACUGCAUAUCUUUUUAAUGUAGAUACUUUUCUAAGAGGCCUAAAUGUUUCGGAAAAAAUUGGUAUGGCAAAACAGAAAUUCAGAUGGUCGGAAAAUUUGGUCAACAAAAGUCAUGGUUCAUGUUAUUAAUGUAGUUCAUGUUUCUGAAAUCAAAUUUACCAAGAGAUUUUAUUUUGGAAAUGUACAGAAUUAAAAGGGAUAUCACAGUGAAAAUUCAGUCAGGACAGUCCUUUAAUCAUCAGUUAAAGUAAUCCUAACCUAUACAAUAAACCUAACUGAAAUGACAUGUUAAGAGUAA